UGGGCUGCGCGUGACAAACACAUACAGAGUAUAGGGGACACAGACAGAGAUGGAACUCGGAGAGGAUACACACUCGGUAUAAUCUCGGAUAAACACACACACACACACACACACACACACACACACACACACACACACACAGAGAGAGAGAGAGAGAUGAACAUUUCUGAGCAUUGUGAAGGUGAGCAGUGGGUUCGGGAAGGUUCUCCCACCACCUCCGCGCUCAUGUUCUCCGCCGGGGUUCUCGGGAACGCGGUUGCGCUCGUGCUGCUGGAGGUCCGGCGCAGGAGGAGGAAGCAGAGCGCGCGAGGUAACUCCUCUUCUUGUAACCUGUUCCAGGUGCUUCUCACCUCGCUGCUCGUCACCGACCUGCUGGGCACGUGCUCGGUCAGCCCGCUGGUGAUCGCAGCGUACGCGCGGAACGAGUCUUUGAGCGCGCUGGGCGGAAGCCAGGUCGCGUGCCAGUACUUCGGCUUCGCCAUGACUUUCUUCAGUCUCGUGACGCUCGCGCUGUUGCUGUGUAUGGCGCUCGAGCGCUGCCUCUCCAUCGCCGUGCCAUACUUCUACGAGAGACGCCUGAGCGUGCGCUGCGGUUACCUGGCGCUCGCGCUAGUCUACUUGUCGGGCGCGCUCUUCUGCCUCGCGCCGUUCUUCGGUUUCGGUGAAUACGUGCAGUACUGUCCCGGCACGUGGUGCUUCGUGGACAUGUCCGCGCAGCAGGAGCACAACGUCUACAAGAACCUGUACGCGUCCUUCCUGCUCGUCAUGAUCGCGUGCAUCGUGCUGUGCAACGUCUGCGUCAUCUACCACCUCGUGCUCAUGUACCGGAGGUGCGAGCUGCACCGGGGCUCCGCGCGCAGGUUCAGGACCUCCGCCCCGACACGCUCGCUCUCGGAGGAACUCGAGCACCUGGUCCUACUCGCCUUCAUGACCAUCACCUUCCUCAUCUGCUCACUUCCGCUCGUGAUCUGCUUGUAUAUCAGCUCACCCAGAACGAACCGCAGUCUGGACCUGACGGCUCUCCUGCUGCUCUCCAUGAACCCCAUCCUUGACCCCUGGGUGUUUAUUCUGCUCAGCCCCCCUGUGCCCCGCCUUCUCUGGGAGGCGAUGUGUAAGGUGCUGAGGCCACGCCCCCUGGAUAACAAGGUCCCUCUGUCAGUUAGCCCACAGACUGCCAUAGAGCUACAGACAUAGCUGUACACUUCUGAUACACCAGACACUUCUGGAUAUAUCUGCAGAUACGACAGGUCCACACACCUGAGUGCUAUGGGAACGUGUGUGUGUGUGUGUGUGUGUGUGUGUGUGUGUGUGUGUGUGUGUGUGUGUGUGUGAGAGAUGGACACAGAGUGUUUGAAUUAAAAGGUGAGGCUUAAUUCCAUGGCAUCAGUGACGGUUUUGUCCCAAACAGCAGUGUGAUGGAACAGUACUGCUGGACUGCUGCGGGUUUGAUGACCUCAUUACAGUAUUGAAGAGAACUCUGUAGAGGAGUAAAUAAACACAUCACACAAUAAAUACAUAAAUAAACAUGUGAUUGUGAAUAAUGAAACAAACCUCAAGCAUUAUAAAUGUAUUUAUUUAUUAAUCAAACUGUGUAAAGAAUCAAACCAUACACUUACCUUGCAUUGCAGCCUGUGGGCGUGGUUUCAGUAGGCUCUGUCUCUGAUUGGUCCAUACUGUCAAACUGAGUGGUUGCUACUGAUUCAGGAUGAGAGAGCGAGAUCAGAAACUUAAGGUGUUUGUGAAGUAGCUGUGAUGUCAGCUCUGAUGUCAUCUCUGAUUUCAGCGAGGAUGCCAGCGAUGAUGCCAGUGCUGCUUGUGUCUUUAUCACACUACUGAUACAAACUCAAGUGGGCGGAGCUUAGAGAUACUCCACCAGUCAGUCAGGCUGAGGAGUUUUUUUCUGCCUGAGUGAAAGAAAUAGUCAUUUAAUAUUGACAGGAAUACAGUAAAACAGUUACUGAGCUACAGUUCACAUUGUUAUUAUUAUUAUUUAUUGAUUUAUUGGUGUGUUGGUAUGUUCCCUGUACUGCUGGAUGUGUGUAUGUGUUGUUUAUUCAGGUUUUAUUUAUGACCACUAUUAAUGCUAUAAAUGAAAGCUACAUGUUAUUAACCGUAUUACUGAAAGCUAAAUCAGCUGCAGUCCUGACACUGAGCCUCACUUAUCACUCAUUAAGUAAAGUUUUAUAAACGUGUAAAUGUGUAAACUAAACUAAAUAUUCACACCAGAUAUACAUAUACCUUUCUUCUUUCUUCUCAUGUGUACGGUAUGUUUAUAAAUGCCAGUUAGCCAUAAAUUAUCACCUGUAUCAGAAGAUACAGAAGGUCGGGGGUUCGAGCCCCAGCACUGCCAAGCUGCCACUGUUGGGCCCCUGAGCAAGGCCCUUAACCCUCUCUGCUCCAGGGGUGCUGUAUCAUGGCUGACCCUGCGCUCUGAUCCCAACCUCAAACAUGCUGGGGUAUGCGAAGAAAACAAUUUCACUGUGCGUAUGUAUGUGUGACCAAUAAAGACUCCUUAUCAUUUAUCCCUUUCUGCUAAGGAGGAGACUGUAAUCUGGCACCUUUCCAUUCCAGCAACGUGAUUGGCUAUUGCCAAAAGUGGCCGCAGUGUGGAACUCAUUUGCAUAGCAUAAAGUACAGAGUUGGAGAAGUGUCUUUACAGUGUUGCCUAUGCAUUAUUUCUUUUCCAAACCUGUUUCAUAUACACCAGUGCAUAUGUACAUAUAAACAGUAAAGACUCAUUAUCAUUAUAAAAGGUCACAGAGAGCUGAAAAAGACAAAAGUGACUGAGCCCCUCUUAUUAGUGAUAAAUCUUCCAGUAAUGCAGCUCAGCCACUGCAGCGCAUCAGCUACCACAGACACACACAAACUCCUCCUGCUUUUAUAGGGCGCCAUUAGUUUUGUCCACAUUGAACGGCUCGAUUUAUUUCUGUUUUGGAAUCAUUUUCUUUCAGGGCAUUAAUACGAAAUGGAAAUGUUUCACAGAAUGUCAAUGAAAUUGUUGUGUAAGUGAAAUAAAGAAGUGAUUUAAACUUGA